UAAGAAAGGCUAGUUUGAAAUUGACUGGAUUUUUACUUAUUUUUAAUUUCCUGUUUUGGCCUGGGUGUGUAUAGGUGUCAUAUUCAUCAGAUGUCGUAGGUAAUCGUCGUGGAUUUCAGGUGAACAGGACUGUGACAUAGGUUUACUAAUUGGAGAAACAUUAUUUCGAAAACUUCUGUGCUGAAAAACUGGAUUUAUUAUCUCUGACUGCAGGAUUAUCAACAAGGUUUAAUACUAAUAAAUCUGUAUUGGAAUGAAUUCUUAGGAGACUAUUGAAUAAUUUAAAUUAAAGUAGGGCAAUGAGUUCCCUGCGGAAGGGGGCUCCUCCUCCUAGAAUGAAAAAGAAGAAUUCUGACACGGCUGUGAUUAGUAAUGGCAAUGGAAGUACUUCACUAUAUUAUGCAAAUGAUCCACCAGAUGAUGAAAACAUGAAUGAAAUAGCUGAUGAGAAUGUAGAACUGACAGUACUAUUGCCAGAGGGGAAUGUCAGGGACACAAGUGUCAACUCUAACAUUCCCAUGAUGGAUUUAUUAGUGAAUUUAGCAGCAACGAAUAAGUUAAGUCCUGCAGGAUAUACAAUUGUGGUUUUGAAUGAGGAAACAAGAAAACCAGUGGAUUAUAAACCAAACCAAACUAUUGGGUCCCUGUGUCCUAAAAAUGUUAAUGGGACCCCAAGACAUCUUACUCUUCAAUUAGCUCCUAAAAAGGGAGAUUCUGAAAAGCAACGAAAUGUUAAGAAUGCUCAGCCUUUUGAGAUGACAAAGAGAUUUACAGUCAAUCUACCUCAAAAUCAGAAGAAAGUACUACGCAUAAGUCCCAAUACACAACUGGAAGUCAUACGACAACAAAUAUGUUCAGAGAAACAUCUCGACCCUUUUCGUUACACAUUUCAACUCCCUUCUGAUCCCUACAACAAUCUUGAUAUGCAGUUGACUGUAGGAGAUCUGAAAUCCCAGGAAAUAAACAUGACUGGUGCAGGAACUGUAAAUAGUGCCAUGUCUAUGCCAAAUCUGUCUGGAAAUCAGAGAACAGAACAAAACCUUUCUUACAUGCCUUCAGCUGGAGAGACGAAGAAAAAGAAAGGUUUCUUCUCCUUUCUCAAAAAAGACAACAGUAAAAAGUUUUCUGUGCAAAGUGUUCAAAGAGAUGCCUAUGUGGAGCAACCACCUCCUAGCAGAGAAAGACCUAUACGGUCUACAUCCCAGGAUACUCCAUCAGAACAGUCCAAUAGAAAUCCAGGUGCUAGACCAAAAACAAUGUAUGCAGUAUCUACUUCAAAUUUAGACAAAAUUUCAGAUGCCAAAAUGACAGUGCCACCCUUAGAUCUUUCAGGAUUAAAUAACAGUCAAAAUGCUAGUUCAAAGUCUAAAUCAAUGUCUGCAUUGAAGGCAGAAAGUGACAAAAUUGUUGCUCCUCCUCGUAAAAAGAGGAGGGCGCCACCACCUCCACAAGCUCAAUGUGUUCAAAAUACUGUUCAAGUGGAAGUUAGUGUGGAAAAACAGAAAAUGGAAAAACAAGUCAAAUCAAAACAGGAAAUCAGUGAAAUCAGACAAAGAACUGAAAAUAUUUCUAAUAAAUACCACUCACGGAAUAGUUCUGAUUCAAGUGGUUAUCAUGAAUUAACAUUAAGUGGUGCUGAAUCGCCUGAUGGUCCACGAAUCGAUGAGCAUUUGGAAGGAGAAAUAAAUGUAGAAACAGCAUCUUUAGACAGUGGCGGUCUUUUGAAUGGUGAUAGUGGCAUCAGAGAUAUAUCUCCUUCAUCUAGGAGGAAAGACAUUGAUGGUGAAAUUGGUUCAAGUCAAACUUUACCAUUAGAGAGAACAAAGAAAAAGGCAGUGUCAUCAUCAACACCUAGGUCUAGUUCUCUGGAUAGAACGGGCAAAAAGAAAAAAGCACCUCCUCCUCCACCUGGUCCUCCACCUCAGCCUCCUGUAAAAACUUCUAUUUCCUCCACUGCACCUGCUCCAAAAACAAAGAAAAAAGAUGAUGAUGUUGCAAUAAAUGCAGUCCUGGAUAGCUUGGACCAGAAUUUAGAUGACCAAGAUACCAGUGGUGAGGGAAUGAUGAUGGUAGAAAAUUCUUCCAUCCACAGCGAGGACAUUGAUGUGGAUUUAACAUUAUCACAUCAACCCAGACCAUGUGCUUUCAUAGCUCCACCUCCACCUUUAGAACCACCACCAGAUGAUUCUGAGCCUGUGGAUUAUAACAUGAUAAUUAAUGGUCGCGUGGACACUGUGGAUGUUGGUGUUGAGACAAGCGAUGACAGUAACUCAUAUGGUCCAGUAAGCACCAGAAGUUCUACAGAUUCCCCUGUCAGUAGAUUAGACAGUUUAAUAUACUGGGAAGAUAAUGUGCAUAGCCGAGCUGAAAGUCAUACCAGCAUCAGUUCUGUUAAUACCGUUGAUGAUGUUAGCAUGGAUUUUGAACGAACAAUAGCUGUUUGCCAAGAGGAAGUGAUGCGGGCAGAACAAGAAACACCUGAAUAUAAAACAGAGAUGGCACAGUUUGUGGAGAAAAUGAAAGAAAUGACUGUAGAUGGUAGCAAGAAGGUUACAGACGAUUUUGAUGAGGAUGUUACUUCAAAUGAGGCAGUUGCUGAUGAUGCUGUGUAUAUUUUCUCAAAAGAUAAUGGGGAGGAUUCAGAUGAAAUGGAAAGUAUUCCUCAAUCAGAAUCAAAACAAAGUGAAAAGGAUCAAAUCCAGAAUAUGCGAAACUCAGACAGAGAAGUUUCUGAAAUUACGUAUGAUUUCAAAAUAAACACCGUUCCCCCAGAAUUUCAGUCAGGAAUGGAAGCUCCAGAUGAGGUAGAGUAUAAGGAAGAAAACAAAGAGGUUCAACAUGAAAAGGAGGAGGAGGAAGAGGAAGAAAUUGUUAUAACAGAAACAUUUGAAAUCAUUUAUCCAUUUUCAGAACCAGAAAAGGUUGAAGCAGAAGUAGAAACAGAACGCACAGAAGUUUCAUAUGUAACCGAAAAGAAACCAGAGGUCAAAAUGGAAGAAUUGCAAACAAAACAAGAUAAAAUACCGGAAGUUGCAAAAGUUCCUCAAAUCAUACAAGAAGAAAAAGUUAUCCCAAAAGAACCAGAAAAACCAAAACCAAAGGAAGAGUUUGUUUUGACAUUUGAUGACCUGAGUAAAGUUGAUUUCUCGUUAAUGAGAAAAAAGAAAAAGAUUCAACCAAAACCCAAACCAACAUAUCAAAGUACUCCAGAAAAACGUCACACUGUAGCCACACUGGACGAGAUCAAAUCUAACUUUGCCAUAAACAAUGAUAAUGUAUUUAUAACUCCAACUAAGGGACAUAAUAUUGAAAUGGAUGAUGGCUUUAUCAUUACCGAAGCAGGUUCUGUGAGGGGACAUAAGGGUGAAGUGAAAACAAAAUGUUCUGAACUUAGUUUUUCCCCAAAUUCUGAAGGGGAAAUGGAACAUGUUUUAGAAGAGAAAUCAAUUUCUAUGAUUAAUCUUCCAGCAGUUAGGGCAAGUUUAGACAGUUCCUUAGAAGAGAAUAAAAGUGAAGACAAUGUAAAAGAUGAUAUUGUAGUUUCAAGAACAGAAAUUGUAUUUUCUGUGAAUUCAAAUUCUACCAAACAGGAAGAUGAUUCCUCUGGUAGAAAAACUUCAGUAAGCAGCAACUUGGAAAAGUCUGUAAAUGACUCUGGUGUAGAGGCUGAAAGUGAUUCUAAUAUAGACCAUCAGGAAGUAUUAACUGCUCAAUAUAAACAAUUACAACAACAGUUCUCAAUGUGGAAAAUACAACUUGAAGAAAACAAAAGGUUACUGUCAUCAAGUCAGGCAAUUCCUUCUGAUGAAACUACUAAACAAUUUCAACAACAGUUACAGUCACAAAUUCAACUUCAGCAACAGAUGAUACAACAAAUGCAACAAAGUAUGGAAGCCUUAUCAUCACAACAACAGCAAGGUAGUUUGGUGGACCAGUCAUCACAAAAUAACCUUCCUUCAUCACUUGACAAAUCAUCUCAAAAACAAAUUUCAGUUGAUAUAGGAAAUCAUGUAGACCAAACUAUUGAAUCGACUUCUGUGAGACAAACAUUUGUUCCUCCACCUCCAGUUGCCCCUGCCUUGCCAAACGGGAAAGCUAAUGUAGAGGUUACUUCUUCAAAUGAACAAACAAAACCAAAGUCUAAAAGUAAACCUCGUAAAUAUAUAGAACCAAAAUUGGAUCCACGAGAAGAAUUAAUGAUAGCUAUCAAAAACUUUGGUGGAAGAAGUGCAAUGAAAAAGGUGCCUGUUAACAAAACCCACUGGCAUUCAGGAAUACCUUGAACUGUCAACUUGAAAAUUAUUAACAAAACUUCAAUGGUGCUAUAAAGAAAUACAAGAGUUAUCUUCUCUUCAAGAGCUGUGUCCUUUGUGUGAUCAGCUGAAUCAAAGUGAGAAAAUGUGAUAAACUAACAAGCCAUAACUUACUGCAUUUGAAUGACAUUUAGGUUCAGAGUGUAUUGGUCUUGAGGUGAAGAGCAGAAGUAUUGAGAUAAGAUGCUUUGUUAACCUAUGUAAAAGACAGAAUGUCAUACUUGAAUAAUAUAUUCUACAUUUUGGGUACUUUUAACAAAAAUGAUUUUUUAGCAAUUGAAUCUUCUUUUUUCACUAUAUAAGGACAACAGCAUUUUAAGUAAUAAUAUUUUAGUAGAUAUUUCAAAAAAUCAUUUUAUUUAUGGUUUAAAGUGAAUAAAUUAAUUUUGAUAAUAAAUAAGUUAAUUUUAUCAUUCACAACAGAGCACAGAUUCAUAAUAGUUCUGUUUUGAAAGAACCCAUCUUUGUGAUUAAAAUCAAGAGGAUUUUCAUAAAGGAAUCAUUUUUUUUAUCAGUGCAAUAUAUAAGAACUUAUGACCAUUUAUCAGAAUCCAGAAAUGAUCUAAAUAUUUGAAGAACACAAAUAUUUUGAACCUGAAAGACAAAUGUGACAAAAUGGCGAAGAUUCAGAACUGAAAUGUCCAGUUACCUAAAAAUGGCAAAGAUUCAGAACUGAAAUGUCCAGUUACCAAAAAAAUGUGCAUCUAUUGUAUAGUGGAGAGAGUGAAAUUUAUAGACAAACCUUUGUUUUGUAUUUUCUUGGGUUUUUUUUUUAGAUAUAAAAGCAAGAUAGUUGAAUACCUAAUGAAUCUUUAAAUUUUUGAAAUAUAAUAAAAUUUAAGCAUUUAAUAUACUUGUUCAUUUUGAUAACAUAACUUUUUGAAACAUAUCAUUUUAUUAACAAUGUUAGCAUUUAUACUUGUAUAUGUGUAUGAAAAAUGGGAAAUGGGGGUUACAAGAAACUGUGAUACAUCUUAAUAAACAAUUCUAAAUUUUCAUUAUGAUAUAAAUCUACAAAUUGAUGUUGGUCUACAAGAGUCUGGGUUAAAAGCCAGGUUGCUUUUUUCAACUCCAGGUCUGCCAGUAUGUUUUUAUAUUAAGAAUAUCUAAACAGGGUUUUACCUUGAAAAUUUGAAUGUGAUAAAGGUUGAUGCUAUAUUUUCUUAUACACUUUUAUCAGUAAAAAUCAACUAGAGGCAAAGGCAGAAAAAAGAACCAUUCCUUUAGAAGGAAUAUGUUCCAAAAUAUUUGUAUAAAUGAUAAAUUUCUAUGAUUUGUCUUCUUGAUUUCAUGGCCAGUAGGCUGUUUAUGUGCAAUGUUUUGUUGAAUAAAGGUUGGAGCUCAUUAACAUAGAAAUAAUAUUAGCCCACAAAAAUAAAACUUCUAUGGGGUUCAACAAGGGUAAAUAUUACAACUGUAUUUGUUUUAUUUGCAUGAAUGACAUUGAUAAUUGUACAUAGUUAUAAAUUAUAAAAGACUUACAUACAUUAAUACCUGUGAUACCUUGUUGAUAUUUUUAUGUAAUUGUAUAGUAUAUUUUAUACAGAAUAAUACUCCAGUAUUUAACAGAACAAGUGUUUAGAGUAGAUUAUUUCCUUCUUGGCCAUUUUGUAUUUGUUACUGUUGCAAGAUUAAUGGCAUUGAAAGAACAUAUCAACCCUUGUAUAUAAGUAUUCCCUAACAUAGAAUGGCAUUAAAUAUCCCUAUCCAUCUUUUCUUUUCAUUUCUUUCUUGUUUUUUUUUAAUUUUUGUUCCAUUUGAUGUCUACCCCGCUAAUAAUUAUUCUUAUUUACCUGGCUUUCAGAAUCACAGAUUUGGUGCUUAAAUUAAAACACAUGUGAUAUUUCACAUAUUGAAUUAUUCUUGAAAGAAAGAUAGAUAAUUGUUGUAUCUCACUUAUUUACUAGGAUAAGAAGUAGGUAAUAAUCAGAAACAAUUGUACAGUUGAAUACUAAUGCCAAAUGGUCAAGAAGCAAAAUGAAGAUCUGGGUUGGAAAUUUGUUUAAUAGAAAUUUCCUAAUACAGCCAUUCCAAAAAAUUGUACAGGAAAAAAGAUUGCAUAUGUCUAUUCAGAUUCAUAUUCAAAUUAUUAUUCAUUUGUACUAUACAAAGUAUAAAAUUCCCACCUAAUAUACUAUGUUAUAAUAUGGCUUUACUUUAGAAGCCAAAAGUAAUAAAAUAUUUAUAUUAAAUUUCAA